UAUUCAACUUGCAAAAAAUAUUACAAAUUCCUCCGAAAAUUCGUGGAGCUCUUAUGAUAUAGAUAACAUUCGAAUCGUGGUUGGAUUAGACAACUUACUCUGGAUUUGCUUAUGGUCAUGUUUAUUCACAACAAAUAAUUUGUCAUACAUGGACCAUUUUUAUUUCAAAACUUGUACAGCUCUUGAAUAUGAUGAUGAAUAUAAUAAAGUAAUAACAUGGGACUUUCCAGCUAAACGAAAUAAAAAUAAUAAUAAGCCUGUUGAACUGUUUAAAUUACAUUUGAGUGAUAUACCGGAUGAGCUUAAACCGAAGCUUCCAGUUGGAUAUGAAAAGGCUAUUACUGAUUAUCUUAGAGAAAUUGGACAGGCGAUUAAAGAUGACCUUUCAAGACAUUGGGAUUCUUUAAAUUUUUAUAAGGAUGUAUUAUUAGUUCUUACGUGUACCGCUGAUUAUUUGGAAAAUGCAAGUUUGAUUAUGAGAGAAUGUGUAUAUAAUGCAGGGCUGAUUGUAAAUAUAUGUUCAAGUAAAUUGCAAUUCGGUACAGAAGGUGAGAACAUUCACUAUUGA